AUGUUCCAUUCGUGGAGAUAUCUCAAAUACCUGUGGAGCUUGCUUGCCCGGCACCUGGGGAGGUCGCGGGCCAAUGAACACAGGCACUGGAAGCUGGCGGAAAUACUGGUGGCAUGGUAUGGUGGUAUGGUGUCGGAGCAACCAUGUCACAGCAUGGCAACUUCAGUCAAGCUUCUGACCAACGUGAUUUUUCAGUCUGUGCGAAGCUGCAUGCUCGCGGCGCCAGUCUGUUUGUCUCAGACGGCUUGUGGAGUAAUCUAUCCUGGAGAGGAGCACUUGUGUUGUGAUAGGUGUGCACAGGUCUACAUCAAAUUCCCUGAUGGGAUAGGUAUCUAUGAAGUGCAGCAAUGCACUUCGCGGACCUGUGACCAGGCCACUUGCACCACAAUGGCUUCUUGGAUGCCCAACAUCUCGCAGACCACGGAGAAUGUGUCCUUCCGAUGCGUCACGGAAGGAGGCAGCGAUGCGAUCGAGCUUGUGGACAAUUGCGACCUGAUCACAGACCAGCUGUCUCCAUCGGCGCUCUGUGGCCACGUGGGCUUCGUUGCAACCAGUACCAUUUGGACCGCCCUAGGUGAUACUCCGGUGGACUGUGAGCUUUCGCCGAGCUGUCCUGAGAGCGUGUUGGAUACAACAAGGCCGGCACAAUCCUGCUGCUUCGGCACUCAUUGGUCCCUUCAGCUGAAUGCUCAGGGAGAGGACUGCGGACUAGAAUGGCCUCACGAAGACUCAGCAUGUUCAGCUGUGGUCAUCAUAUGUGUGACAUAUUGCCCGUUCUUGGUUCAUGGCUAG